AGUACUAACCCAACCAAGACUUGUAUACAUCAAAACCCACCACGCUUCGUCGUGACCAACUCACUCUCUCAUACCGAGCUCUUGCGCCUUUGAUAUGUGAAGCCCGACUUGCAUUCAGCGUACCUCUACCCAUCCCCAGCUCCACCCCACAACAGGCCAAGCACGAGUCGCUGCAAGCAUCAUGGCUGCCGCCGGACCGCCGCCCCUUGCGGGCAUCAAGGUCCUCGAGUUUGCCGGCCUCGCACCCGGCCCCUUCUGCGGCAUGCUCCUCGCCGACGCCGGCGCGUCGGUCCUGCGCAUCGACCGCGCCCCUCGCGGCGGCAGCAGCAGCAGCGGCUCUACGCCACAGGAUUGGCUCACGCGGCACAAGGCCUCGCUGGCCGUGGACCUCAAGUCGCCGCGCGGGAUCCGGCUCGUGCGCGCGCUCGUCGCCCGCGGCGCCGACGUGCUCAUCGACCCGUUCCGGCCGGGCGUGCUGGAGCGCCUCGGCCUGGGACCCGAUGACCUGCUCCCACUCAACCCGCGCCUCGUCUACGGCCGCCUCACGGGGUACCGCCGCGACGGGCGCUACCGCGACAUGGCCGGCCACGAUAUCAACUACCUCGCCGUGUCGGGCGCCCUGAGCCUGCUCGGCCGCGACGCCGAAAUCCCCCACCCCCCCGUCAACCUGCUCGCCGACUUCGCCGGCGGCGGCGCCACCCUCUUCCAGGGCGUCCUCCUCGCCCUGCUGUCCCGCGCCUCCACCGGCCGCGGUCAGGUCGUCGAGGCCAACAUGGUCGACGGCGCCUCCUACCUCGCCACCUUCCCGCGCUUCAUGCUCAAGACCCCGCUCGGCGCCCUUGGCCGCGGCCGCAACCUCCUCGACGGCGGCUGCCCGUAUUACGACACCUACGCCACCAAGGACGAGGGGCGCUACGUCUCCGUCGGCGCCCUCGAGCCGCAGUUCUUCGCCGCUCUGCUACGGGGCCUGCACCUGGAGGGCCAGGGCUGGGAGUCGCGCCGCUACGACCCGGAUGAGUGGCCCGCCCUGCGCCGCGUCCUGGCCGACGUCUUCCGCACCAAGACGCGGACCGAGUGGGAGCGCGUUUUUGACGGCACCGACGCCUGCGUCGCCCCCAUCCUCGAGUACGGCGAGCUCGAGACGGAUCCCGCCCGCGAGGGCGACCAGCGGCCCGCCGUCACCCUCCGCGGCACCCCCUGCCUCGCCGUCAAGCAGCAGGGCGAUGCCCCUGGAGACCCCGCCAUCUACGGUCAGGGGCGAGGCGUGCCGGGCGACGGCUACGAGGGCGCCGCGCUGGCGCCUGGUGAGGGAGCCGAGGACGUGCUCAGGGGCUGGUUCGGCUGGGCCAAGGGCAAAGACUAUAACGUCUCGGACGGCGCGUUCGAGCUGGUCAACUCCGACUCCAAGUUAUAACUCGGCGGCAGCAACAUUGCCGACGACGCAGAUCCCCUAUUCAUUGCAUACAAAUCUCGCCGCGUGAGAGACAUCACGCGGCGCGCAGAGAACUAGCAGCGCUUCGUAUAAUUGUUAAGGUCAAAUAAUAUAAAUGCCUC